AGGACCACGGCUGCUAGGUGCUUAGGUGGGUUUGGAGGUACCUUUGGCGUUGGGUUGCGCUUGCAGUCCGGAAGUUUUAGUGGGUCGUACUGUGCCGGUUUUCGGUGCUCGAAGAAUGCUCCCGCGUUGAUUUCGCAACUCUCCUGGCGAUAAGGAAGUUUUGUGACAGUGACGAGGAAGGAAUGAUCGCGCCUUUCCAGCUUUGGAGCUUUUUCAGCGAAAACCCAUUUCUUCCCAACGCGAAGCGUGACCUUUGAGUGGGGAACUGAGACUUCUGUCCUUGUUUCUGCUGCUCUGCAAGAGAUGCUGCUUGAGCACUCAAUCUUAACCUUGUUGGCCGAGAUCAAAAGCACGGGAGAGGGAGACGAACUAUUUCCCUAAGUUCUGGUAAUCUGUCCCGGGCAGAGUCGGAAGAUUUCCUUGAUUUGGUCUGUCGUUUAGGAACGUGUCAAAGGAGCUAUUGUAGGGGAAGGAAUCCCCUCAUUUUCUUUGGAACAACGGCUUUGGACUACAUAUGCGACAUGUCUCCAGCAGUAACCUACAAGGACAGCAGUUUGCAGCGACGGCCUGGCAGAGUCCAAAACUCCCUGGAUGUGAUGAAGAAUGAGCCUUUGCCUCUUGAUGUCUAUGAAGAUGGAUGCACUGAGACUGUUGGAGAGGGUGACCAAGAAAUGCUCCUUGGAGACCAAAAUGUUACACCUGUUGGGUCCCCCAAAGGCUAUCGGGCUGAACUUGGCAAUAUCUUGCUUCUCCUCUUCCUCUAUGUGCUUCAGGGUAUCCCUCUGGGGCUUGCAGGUAGCAUCCCACUCAUCUUGCAAAGCAAGAAUGUUAGCUACACAGAUCAGGCCUUCUUUAGUUUUGUCUUUUGGCCUUUCAGCCUGAAGCUAUUGUGGGCUCCCUUGGUGGAUGCUGUGUACUUCAAGAACUUUGGUCGUCGAAAGUCUUGGCUUGUGCCCACUCAAUACAUCUUAGGCCUUUUUAUGAUGUACCUGUCUGUGCAGGUGGACUCUCUGCUUGGGGAAACAGAUGGCAAAAGCCCAGAUGUGGUGGCCCUUACUGUGACGUUCUUCUUGUUUGAGUUCCUGGCAGCCACUCAAGACGUAGCUGUAGAUGGCUGGGCUUUGACAAUGCUUUCCCGGGAGAAUGUGGGCUAUGCCUCUACUUGUAACUCUGUGGGCCAAACAGCAGGUUACUUCUUGGGAAAUGUCCUGUUUUUGGCGCUUGAAUCACCUGCAUUUUGCAACAAGUAUUUGCGCUUUCAGCCUCAACCCAGAGGAAUAGUUACACUUUCAGAUUUCCUGUUUUUCUGGGGUGCUGUUUUCUUAAUAACUACUACUUUGGUAGCACUCUUGAAAAAAGAAAAUAAAAUAAAUGUCUCAAAAGAAGAAACAAAAGGCAUCAUGGAUACAUACAAGCUGCUUUUCUCAAUAGUCAAAAUGCCAGCAGUUCUUACAUUCAGCGCCUUGAUUUUAACAGCAAAGAUUGGAUUCUCAGCAGCAGAUGCAGUAACAGGACUGAAACUGGUAGAAGAAGGAGUACCUAAAGAACACUUAGCUCUGCUUGCUGUUCCAAUGGUUCCUCUGCAGAUUAUAUUGCCUCUUGUUAUCAGCAAAUACACAGCAGGUCCACAGCCCCUGAACACAUUUUACAAAGCUAUGCCAUUUAGAUUACUGUUUGGAUUGGAAUUUGCUCUCUUGGUUUGGUGGACUCCCAAAGUAAAAUACGAAGGAGGAUUUCCCAUCUAUUACUAUAUUAUAUUGUUGCUAAGUUAUGCUCUGCAUCAGGUUACAGUAUACAGUAUAUAUGUUGCUAUAAUGGCUUUCAAUGCCAAAGUUAGUGACCCACUCAUUGGAGGAACAUACAUGACUUUGCUUAACACACUGUCAAAUCUGGGAGGAAAUUGGCCUGCCACAGUAGCACUUUGGCUUGUGGAUCCACUUACAGUGAAAGAGUGCACUGGGCUUCAGGAACACAGUUGUAGGACUGCAGCUGCUGCAGAACUUUGUGCAAAAGGAGGUGGAUCUUGUGCUACUACCAUGGAUGGUUAUUAUGUGGAGUCCAUAAUAUGCAUGGUUUUGGGGUUUGCUUGGUGGUUGUUUCUUGGACCCAAAUUCAAAAAGCUGCAAGAUGAGAGACCAUCUUCAUGGAAAUGCAGGAGAACAAGAUAAUGGAAAUGGAAUGCUGGACCAAAAGACAUUGUUAUGGCCUUGUUCCAAAGUUGUACAAGAGAAAAAAAUACCUAUAUUUUUAAAAAACGGUCAGUUUAUGUAUGCCAAAUGACUUUACAAAAAAGUAAAGCCAGGAGAGUAGUGUAUGGAUCUGUAGUAAACUUUAUCUUCCAUAUCUAAAUUUUCCCUUAAGUUUAAAAAGCAAAAACAAAAAUUGUACUCCAAAACAGGACUUUUAAACUACAUAGCUGUCAUGUUAACUUGUGAUGGCUGUCUUUUUGUCCUCUGAUUGAUUUUAAUGAUAUUUCUUAAAUCUGCAGAUGGGUACCUUGGAACGUUUUUGAUUGAAUAGAAUGGUUGUAUGGUUCAAAAAUAAGCUAUAGAGCAGAAAAUCCUCCUGUAUUUUUUAAUGGUUUCACAUUUAUAUUGCAUAGCUUAGUUACACUUUGUGAGAGGAAACAAUGAAUAGGAAAGAUUCUCUCAGAUGUGUUCUUCCUGGCUCCUAUAAGCUUUAAAGGUUUAUAAAAGGCAUAUUUUUGUAAUAGUGACAAUUUAGUUUUUUCAAAAUGUACACAUUUUACUUCAAGGCACUUUGAUUUGCAAAUAGAAAUGAUUUCUUCAGUGUAGCAUUAGUAUCUGAAGGAAUGACUCACUGGACUUCCGACAAUAAUCAUACGUAAUUGAGAGGCACAGUGGGAUAUUAAGCAGUCCUGAACAAAAAGGCUUCCCAAAGAUUAGGGACAGGCAUAAGGUCAGUGAAUUCAGUUGGUAUGUAGAAAAGACAACUGAAUGAUUUCUCUAGAACUGAAGAUACUACUUGUGCAUUUGUGUGCAGAACCCAGUGAGGACUAAGCAAAUGAGAUUCGGUGCCUUUUGAAAAGAAAUUGUUAAAAGGAUAAUUGGGUGUCUGUGCUGCUGCAUUUUAGACCAUGCAUGUUGUUCUGCCAUAACUUAAGUAGCGAGCCUAUGCAUGUUUAGACAGGAAGAGGUCCAACUCCCAGCAUUCUCUGGGACUCCUGCUGGGAGUUGCAGGACCUUUUUCUGACUGAACAUGUAUAGGAGUGCCCCUUCCUUCUGGUGCCAUGGAUUUCCUGUGGCUGGUUAUUCUGGGAAUAAUCAUUAUUCAGAAGACAUUUUCAUCUUAGUGCCUUAAUGAUGUACAGUUUGAUGCACAGCAAAUGAAAAGGGGCACUAAAUAGUAUGUUGGAUGUAUUUUGUACAUCUUUCAUAAUACUAUUUAAUAUACCUUCUAUUACUAUUUACAUAAUACCUUCCAAAGGUAUCACAGCCUAGUGUCAUAGUUAGGAUACUGGAAUGAAAUGCUGAAUAUUAAUAUCAAAGGUAUUUUCUUAAUUUUAUUGGUUAUGUUAGGAGGUUAGUUCUUUCUGAAAUGGGAUAUUCUCGAUUCCAAGAGAACAUAGAUAAUUCACUUUGUACAGUUUUUCUUUCAUAGCUCUUUUCAGAAUGUAAAUAAACAUUAAGCCUUUUAGAAAAGGAAGCUAACACAUACUUAAGCAUGCUAACUUGUCCAUAGAAAUGCAUAGGACUUGUUUCCAAAGAAAUGGAGAUAGACUCAAGGGGUUAAAAGAAGCUUUACACUACAAGCAGAGAGAGAACUCUUGUUAGCCUUAUUCCUCCACAUGAAGAAUGAAGUUGCCCACGCCUCAGCAGUAUCUAAUCUAAGUCACCAAAAACUUAGGCACUGGUACUGGGAUUUAUUUCAGGGUAUUACUGUUACCUGGUUUAUGGACUUUGGUAAUAGGCUGCAGCCUUGAAACAUAUUUUAUUUGGAGCGGCUUAGAACAGUUUCUCCAAAUAAAACUAUACUUGGAACAAUGCUAGAAGUCUAUUACCUUGAAACAAGCUGCUCCAAAAAUACUGUUUCAAAAUCCCAGCCUACCAUGAAAUAGUGAAAUAGCAAAACACUGAUUGAAUCCAUGGCCCUAAACAAAAUUGAAUCUGAGUAAUAGUGUUCCAUUUACUGAUUAAUUAAUUAUAAAUUUAUCUGUGGGCACUUUUGGGUUAUGAUCUGUAGCUAGGCAGUAAGUUUUGAGAUGUUGAAGGCAUGAUACACUAUCUGUUGGCCAUCCUUAUCGCGUUUGGGGUUUGCAGAUUUUUUCCUCUUGGCAUAUUCCUACAUAGGGGUAGUAUUUUAUCUUCAUUUUGGAAUAUAUUUCAGAUGAAUAAUCAGACCUGUUUACUUGAAUGAAAAUCCAUAGCACUCUGUGAAACACUUCUCCUUUUUGUCCAUUGUUUGCAAUAGCCAAAUUCUGUUUGCCUUAAAUUAGAUCUAUCUUCAUUGGCUGGUUAAGCACAAAUAUAAUGUUAGUUUCAGUACUUCUUACAUAAAUUAGGUUAUUUAAUGGCUUUAGCAUAGUUUUAUUGUUGCUCCAUUUAUUUCUUGUUUUGUGAUAACAUAAAUAGAAGACCAGUUUAUCGAAAAAGAAAAUUCCUUAAUGGUCUCUACACAGCAUUUGAGAGAUGAUACUUCUAGAAAAGUGUGUAAGGGCUGUAGAACAUGCACAAUAAAUUAUCUAGAUAACCUUUUUAUAUUGUCGUAUUACUGUUUAUACAAUGUGCCAAGAUGAAUAAAGGCUAUGUAUUUAAACAAAUGUCUGGUACUGAAAAGUAAAUUCUUUAAAUGUGUAACCUACACUAAAACCCAGAAUGAAUAGCAAUGCUGGACUAAGAUUUGAAAAGGCAGCUGAACUGUAAUGGCUGGGACCCAAAGAACUAUUCAAGGUGGACUUUGGAUUAUGUUGUUCAAAGAAUAGCAUCUCUCCCCUUGAAAAUCCGAGUUAAUUAUAAAAUGCAAUCAACUUUCAAAACAGCUCACAGCAUACCAUUCUGUUCUACAAGGUUAAAAAAAAGUCAAGAAUCUUACUGUGCAUGCCCAAACCCUCUGGAAUCUAAAUAGAUCUUUUGCCUAACCUAUAGAUAUUCCACCUGUGUUGAUUAGUGUAAUUAUUUUUGUUGUUGUUACUAAAAUAUAGUCUCAGUAUAUACCAUUGAGAGAUGAAUAAAAUGAUCCUUCCUCAAUAUUAUGUUCCUAAGGGUUACAAACACAUGUGCUUAUACAGUGAAUCCAAGGGCAAGUUAGCAUUACCUUUUCAAUUCAUUGGAAUUUGUACUCUUAACAUUUCAUUUACUGUCUUUGGGCAUUGGUCACUGAUAUGGUUUGCAGAAGUAUUUCUGGGGAUUUAAAAACAUUCUGAGGGCCACCACCUGCUACAGCAGGGAUAUGAAUCUAUGGGACUACAAGUUAAAUAGUUCAUGAACUGAAGCAUCAGCAUUUUCACGAAUUGUAAUUGCGUGUAAUUGCUGCUCAUUUUCAGGAUAAUGAGAAAGUGAAAAUCUGAUGCUUUUUAACUCUUAUCAAAUGGGAACAAAAGAGUGAUAAUUAUUGAAAGCUAUCUGCAGUGUGUGGAAAGGUAAAUUAAUUAUGCCAACUGCUGUAGUUUUAGUGCAGGAUAGAAAUGCUUUAAAUUGCUGAGAAAAAAAAAUCAAAUUUAAAGUCUGGUUGAAUUUCACUGCAAUUUUAUUAAAUGGGGUGUUCACUUAAUAGAGAUAAAUGAUAAUAUGCAAUAGUCUUAGUAUGUAAUUGCUUCCCAUUUUCAGGAUAAUGAUACAUUCCGGAUAGCAGUUUUGAGCAUUCAGGCCGUCAAGUAGAAUUACCUCAUGAAAACUGGAACAUGUGAUCUCAUUUGUGUUCUAAGGUUCACAAGACAACAUUUCUUGUAAUAAUCACCUUAUGUUGAAGGAAAAAUCUAAGGAAGAAGGAAGGAUACUGAGCUGUGAGAAGAGUAUUAUUUGAUAAUGACUGUAUGAGCUUCUUAUCUUCUCAAUCUUAUCCAGCACUUUGCAAUGCUGUCUUCAUUGUCAUUAUUAAAUUUACAAAGCCUUGCUACUGUUUCUGGGUUUGCUGUCGGCUAUAAAUAUAAUGGUUUUUGCCUGGAUAACUCUAUGAAUUAUAUACUCUACUUGUAUCUUCAGAGUUACAUUGGAAAUGACCAGAUGUUAUUUGUAAUUAAAAAAUCUUAGAAGAAACUUAAGUAGAUUGAGGCAAAUUAUAUACAAACAAGGUGUACAUAGUUGUUGCAGAAAAGGUAUUACAAUAUUGCUCAAAUGGACCUCUGCAAAUAUUUGUGGGAAAGCUAAGAAGUCUAUUAAAACAAUGUAAUUAAUUACAAUGACUGUAAAAUAGAGAUAAUGUAUAUGCUGGAUUACUUCUGAGUUUUGUUUUUUUCCUGUAUGAUUUGCUGUAAAUUAUUCAGUGUUAUAUUAAAAUUGCUUUUACUUUUGCAGUGAUGGUUAAUAGUUUUGACGAUGAAAACAAGUCUGUUGGUGCAUAGACAAUUAAAAAUGGUAGGCUUAUAAAAUGCAACCCAUAUAAUUAUAUAAUUUCACUAUUCUA